AAGUUGUUUUGCGAAGGUUGCAUAUUUUUAACUAAUCUGGUUACUGGUAGCUGGUUAAAUCUAAAUAUAACAUGAAAACGUGUCGAUGUCAGUGUCACCUCAGUUUAGUUUCAGGAUUAGUGAUUUUGUUUUCUGUUGCACUCUAUGCCGUCUGUCAUACUGUUAUAUUAUGAUCUGUGAAACGUUACAAGGGAUAUAUACAUGUGCGCAAGUAUCCGUGUGUGUGAAUAUACAGUGCGCCCAACAUACUGCAAUUAUCUUUUAACCAAAUGGUGUUAUAGCGUAUGUGAACAUAUAACAUCCAAUCCAUCAAAUGUAACCAUGCAUAUAACGCACACAUUUCGGCAUAAAUUUCUAAUUGUCUUGAAAGGACAACCAUAAGUUGGGGGGAUGGAUCUUGUCCUCGACUUCGCCGACCAUUACUUUUUCUCCCCCUACGUCUACCCCAAGUCAUGGCCCGAGGACGAACCAGUGCGUCAGAUCAUCGGGCUGCUGCUUGUGACAAACCUGGGAGCAGCCAUCUUGUACCUGGUCAUGGGUUCCCUCAGCUACUAUUUUAUCUUUGACCACGACUUAAUGAAACACCCCCAAUUUCUGGAGAACCAGGUGUGCAGAGAGAUUAAGUAUGCCAUGAGCUCUCUGCCGUGGAUCAGUAUUCCUACAGUGGCCUUGUUCUUUGCUGAAGUCAGAGGAUACAGCAAACUUUACGACAAUGUCAACGAGUCUCCGUUUGGUUGGCCGGGGGUAAUUUUCAGCAUGUUUUCAUUCUUGUUUUUUACUGAUAUGUGCAUCUACUGGAUCCACCGGUUUCUUCACCACAAACUUAUUUACAAGCAUUUUCAUAAACCGCAUCACGUGUGGAAGAUCCCCACGCCCUUUGCCAGCCAUGCCUUCCACCCCGUGGACGGUUUCCUCCAGGGCCUCCCCUACCACAUCUACCCCUUCCUGUUCCCGCUGCACAAGGUGCUCUACCUGGCCCUCUACGUCUUUGUCAACAUGUGGACCGUAUCUAUCCACGACGGCGACUAUCGGGUCCCCAAGGUGCUGGAGAAGGUCAUAAACGGCUCCGCGCAUCAUACUGACCACCACCUCUUCUUCGACUUCAACUACGGCCAGUACUUCACCCUGUGGGACCGCAUCGGUCGCUCAUACAGGCACCCCUCGGCCCUGGAGGGAAAGGGUCCCCAUGACGCUGUCAGAAGCUUGAUGGCUCAGGCCAAGGUGCCCAACAGCACGAGCAGUCCAGCCAAUGGAGAACCCGUCAAAGGCAAAGCACAAAAGCAUGACUAAAUAGCUUUUCUAUGGUGACCAGAUGAGUACUGUUCCUUAGAUUGGUGAAGUGAACAAUUGUAAACCUUCUGAACAAUUCCUUUCUUCACCUGCAAGAAAUCAAACAGUAUACACCUGCCCCUUUUCUCCUUGAAAAAGGACAGGAACCAUGUGGACCACUAAGAAAUAUGAAUAAUUCAUAGUAGAAUUCUCUGAUUUCUAAAGAAAUAUAUGUGUUGAAUUGCUAUUGAUUUUUCUCUGCUUGCCAAAUGGGAACAUUUGCCAGCGUAUUGGCGUUCCUCUGCUGCCUGUUUGCGCUCCCUGGGAAGAUCAGCAGAGAGAACUUUGACACUUAAUAACGAGGGUAGCAAAUGAAACGAUGGCGGCUUCCCAUGGUUGGCCAUUGAAAGGUUGGAGACCACAAGACCAUUAAUGUUGCCUUUUGGAUGUUCUGUUGAUAUUGAGGCUAAAUGGCUCAGGAAUUAAUCCUGGCGUCUAGCCCCCCCCCCCCCCCCCCCCCCCAUUAUUCUAAUGCCAAGAUUCUGACCAUAACACUAAAUUGGAUUUUGAAAUGGAAUUACUGUAGAGGAAGUUAGUAAUCUAGGGCAAAUGAUUCAGAUCAAGCUGAAUGUACUUUAGGGCUCUGGCGAUAAAACCCAGGUGGUGUGAUGUUUUUGCCUCCCA